AUGAAGACAACUCCCCGGCUGCAAGUGUCGGGGAAGGCACCCCUUGGUGGGAUUGGCCUCCGCCACAGCGCCAAGCGGGACCGAAAGUCCAUCACCCUGCAUGUGAAGUUAGAGGUGCUCCGGAGGUUUGAGGAAGGUGAGAAGCUGACUCAGAUUGCCCGGGCCCUGGGGCUGGCCACCUCUACCGUCGCUUCGAUCCGUGUCAACAAGGACAAGAUCCGGGCCAAUUCUCAGGCAGCCACCCCUGUCAGCGCCACACAGCUGACCCGCUGCCGGGGUGUGGUGAUGGGCCAUAUGGAACGCUUGCUGAGCCUGUGGAUUGAGGAGCAAAAGCGGCAGAACCUGCCCAUCAGCACACUGCUCAUCCAGGACAAGGCACGACGGCUCUUUGUGCAGCUGCAGCAUGAGCAGGGCAGUGGCACUCAGGCUGAGACCUUUGGGGCCAGUAAUGGCUGGUUUGCCCGAUUCAAGGCUCGCCACAAUGUGCUUUUGACAGAUGAGCCAUCGGUGGCUGACACCCAGGCUGCUGCCCACUACCCCCCAGUGCUGCGCACCAUUCUGGAGGAGGGCUGCUACUCACCACGCCAGGUCUUCAAUGUGGAUGAGACGGGCCUCUUCUGGAAGCGGCUCCCGGAGCGCAUGCUGCUGGCCCUGGAAGGGGCAGCUGGGCCUGGCCUCAAGGCCUCCAAGGACCACCUGACUCUGCUGCUUGGUGGCAAUGCAGCUGGUGAUUUCAAACUGAAGCCCCUGCUGGUGUACCCUUCAGAGAACCCGCGUGCCCUCAAGGGCUGCUCCAAGGCCAGCCUUCCUGUGGUCUGGCGCUCUAACCGCAACGACUGGCUGACACCCAGCAUCUUCCAGGAGUGGUUUACUGGCUGCUUCUGCCCUGCCGUGGAGAGCUACUGUGCCAGCCACGGCCUCCCACACCGUGCCCUGUUGCUCUUGGAUGGCGCGCCCUGCCACCCUGCUCAUCUGGGUGGCCUCUCAGCCCAUGUGCGAGUUGAGUUCCUGCCCAAGAACACAUCGGCCCUGAUCCAGCCCAUGAACCAGGGUGUCAUUGCCACAUUCAAGGCCUCUACACUGUUGUGA